AACUUCCGGUCAGCGCCCGUCUGCGGAAGGGUGUCCCGCCUCUUCCGCCUUUACUUUAGAGGUGGCGGCGGCAGCGACGCCUGCGCGUCUUCUUUCAGGGUCAGCAGACGGGUCCCCUGGGCGGUCCACUUGCGCGCGUCGCGGAGCCGCGCCCGGGGGGCAAUGGCGAUGAACUAUAACGCGAAGGAUGAAGUAGAUGGUGGGCCCGCGUGUGCUCCUGGGGGCACCGCUAAGAACCGGAGGCCGGAUAAUACGGCCUUCAAACAGCAAAGGUUGCCGGCUUGGCAGCCCAUCCUGACGGCUGGCACGGUGCUACCUACCUUCUUCAUCAUCGGCCUCAUAUUCAUCCCCAUUGGCAUUGGCAUCUUCGUCACCUCAAACAACAUCCGCGAGAUCGAGAUUGAUUAUACCGGAACAGACCCUUCCAGUCCCUGUAAUAAAUGUUUAUCUCCAAAUGUGACAUCUUGUAUUUGUGCCAUUAACUUCACACUGGAACAGUCAUUUGAGGGCAAUGUAUUUAUGUAUUAUGGACUGUCGAAUUUCUAUCAAAACCAUCGUCGUUAUGUGAAAUCUCGAGAUGAUAGUCAACUAAAUGGAGAUUCUAGUGCUUUACUUAAUCCCAGUAAGGAAUGUGAGCCUUAUAGAAGAAAUGAAGACAAACCAAUUGCUCCUUGCGGAGCUAUUGCCAACAGCAUGUUUAAUGAUACAUUAGAAUUGUUUCUGGUCGGCAAUGGAUCUUAUUUGACAUCUAUUCCUUUGAAAAAGAAAGGUAUUGCUUGGUGGACAGAUAAAAAUGUGAAAUUCAGAAAUCCCCCUGGAGGAGAAAUCCCCCUAGAAGAACGAUUCAAAGGUACAACAAAACCAGUAAACUGGGUUAAACCAGUAUACAUGCUGGAUUCUGACCAAGAUAAUAAUGGAUUCAUAAAUGAGGAUUUUAUUGUUUGGAUGCGUACUGCAGCAUUACCUACUUUUCGUAAGUUAUAUCGUCUUAUAGAACGGAAAAGUGAUUUACAUCCAACAUUACCUGCUGGACAAUACUAUUUGAAUAUCACAUACAAUUACCCUGUACAUUCUUUUGAUGGAAGAAAACGGAUGAUCUUAAGCACUAUUUCAUGGAUGGGAGGAAAAAAUCCAUUUUUGGGGAUUGCUUACAUCACUAUUGGAUCCAUCUCCUUCCUUCUGGGAGUUGUACUGCUAGUAAUUAAUCAUAAAUACAGAAACAGUAGUAAUACCGCUGACAUUACCAUUUAAUUUUACAUUCUGAAAACAAAAUUACUGCAUGUGCAUCAAGGCCAGUUCCUAUUCAACCUAGCUUUUGAAUGCCGAUGUCUGGUUAGUACAUUUUUUGAAGUUGGCACAUAACUUUUUAUUUAAAGAACAGUCUUUGUCCUUGCUUAUUCCUUAUGGAUGAGUUAUGAAAAUAUAUGACGGGUAUAAAACAAACUAGCUAUAUUGAUCAUAUCAGCACUAUAACUGCUGAAGUGGCAUUCUAAUGUUUGCUUUUUGUUGAGGUAGGCCAUAUGAUGCAUAGAGCCUCUUUCAUGUGAAGUGUGUCUACUGCUUAAAUGUUUAUGCUGUGUUGAUAAUAUUAUAUUGACAUAUGUGCUAUAUAUGUGUGCCUAUUGUGUGAAGAAAGGGUUUACAAGAUGUAUGAAUAUAAUGACUUGUUAACAUUUCAGGAUUCAGAGUUACAAAAAGAUGAAGAAAGACCAAAUCUAAAUAAAACACUUCAUCAUUUUCGUGUGUCGUGUGUAAGUACCACCUUUGGUGAGGUGGUUCAUGUAUUCAGUUUCUCCAGUACAGGUCUUUGUCAAGCUUAGUUUUGAUUUCAAAGGACAUGCUUACCUUGUCUAGCGUAGGAAUUAAUGCUCAUGUUUGAAGAGGUCAACUAGGUCUCAGGAGAAUUUAAAAUUCCUCUUUCUGUUUAAGAUGUUGCAGUUAGGAACCCCAACUCACUUGGUAUGUUUUUACAUGUGAUCACUUCCCUUGAAGCUUACACUUCAUAAGGGAUGAAAGAACAUAGGUGAGAUGGGAAAACUUCUUGGCAGACCUUGAGCUUCUCCUUCAGCUGUAAACCAGAUGUAAAUGUUCAGAGGAGACUGUUUUCAUUCUUGUGAUAUUUAACAUUCAGAAAUUUGCUUCAGCAUUGGAAAUACCUCAAGCUGUUUUUGUUUUUCAGGUAAGUGUUUUGGUUUAAGUACUAAUAUUACAUUGCAGAAAGUUUGGAAACUUUUUCAUUUUCUCUAUAUUCAAUUUUUGCAUAUAGGUCAAAUAUGGACUUCUCUUUCGUUAAGGCACCAAUUGUUUUGGUUGGAUUUCCUAAGACAUACUUUAAAAAGUUCUUUAAAUUUCCUAAUUGAAUUCUGAAGAUUUUGGAGUAUGUACAUGAUGAAUAUAAUAUAUAUGGUUGAAGCUAUUUUAUUUUCUAUUAACUGGAAUUAUUUUAAUAUUCCUUAUUGAAUAAAUGCUGUAAUUUGUUUGCUAUGGAACUUAUUCUUGAAUGUAAACUUAUUUUUUCAUAUGCAUGAAAAUGUAUGUCUUAAUUGGAGGGCUGAAUUGCAGUAAAAUUGCUAUUUCUUUUUUUUACUCAUGUUUGUAUAGAAGAAUGCUUGUUAAGAGUUUGUAAUGGUUUCCUUCAGUUAUAUUUCAAAUCAGAAGGUCUGGGUAAUGUAUCAAUUUUGAUUAAUAUGUUUUUAAAAAACAAAAAAAUAAUGUAAUGGUUAAUAGUAGAAAUGUGCCACACUUCUUAAGUUUUGUAUAACGUGAAAUUCAGUUAAGAGGGCUUGUAGUUCAUAAUGACUUUUAACUGGUAGGAUAUUACUUGCAUGGGGUACUUAAUGUACAUACUUAAUGUAUAAUUAUCCUGAAAUUUAUGAGUGCAUAGGGUAUUCUUUGUCUAAAAAUAUUCUUUGUUUUAUCCUUCAUAAUAUUGUUAUUUAUUCUGAUAAUCGAUCCUCUUUCAUGUGGCAGUUUAAUCUUCUGGGAUACAUCACUGGGGGAGAGAGAUUUUGGCUAGUCUUUCCAGAUUGAGUUUGCUGUUUAAUGAGGACUGCCAUUCUGCAUCCUUUUUCUAAUUGGGGGACCAAAGAUGCUGCUACAGAAAAGUUGAAGAGCCCUUCCAACACUUUCUCAUCUGUGGUGAAGACGAAAUCUUAAAAUAUAUUUGGAGUUUUAUCUAUUUUAUAAGUACAUUGAUAGCUUCAGUUUCUCCUGCCAUUUGAGCUCUAAAGGAUUCCUGUUGGUAAAUAUGAAGAAUGGGGAACAUUCAUAUGGCCUCUGUGAAGCAUGGGAGGAGAGAAAACAUUUCUUCCUUAUGGGCCUUAUGCUCAGCUUUUGAUGUAAUAUUUAACUUUCAAAGAAUCAUUGCAUUUUAAGACAACUAAAUUAAGUAGAAGGGAUUGAAGAAUGCUUUAACUUGCAGGAAGUAUUUUGAUAUAUGAAGUUUCUCAAUUGAAGGAAUUAUUUAAUUAGUAAAAGCUAAGAAAUUUCAUUGAAAUAGUAAGAUAGUUUAAAAAUAAAUUGGUAAAACUAACUUAACGGAAUAGAGAAUUAUUCAUCCAGGAGGAGAAUCAAAGGAAUAUUAUUUGUUUAUUGGUUAGUAAGUUUAUUUGUAACCUUGAUUACAGUAAAAGAUAACUUUCUG